AGAAAUUUACAAGAGAGAGAGAGGGGGAACAAAAGAUUAUAACCAAUACCCCCUUUUUCUCUUCUUCAUUCAAUCCAAAUUAGGGUUUUACAUUUUCUCUAUGUUUCAGAUCUGAUCGGAAAUUCAACUCCACCGGGUAGAUCUUGUUCGAGCCAAACAUUGAUUUGGAACUGAAUCUGGUACGAUUGAAUUUGAGAUUGAUAUUCAUCGGGGGCGGAAGCAGCCGGGGAACCGUGUUACAUGUUUUGCUUCGAAUUUGAUUUUUCGCUGCAUUCGUUGAUUAAUAGAUCUUGAAAUUGGCUCCGCAAAGACGAUCUCAGCGCCACAUGGGUGGCCAGAUGCAACAGAGCAAUGCUGCGGCGACUGCUCUGUAUGAUCACCCCGGCGGCGGGACUCUGCACAAUGCAGGUCCUGCGAGCGACGCUGGGGAUGCAGUCAUGGCGCGAUGGCUCCAGUCCGCCGGAUUGCAGCAUCUGGCCUCUCCAUUGGCUUCCACCGGAAUUGAUCAUCGUCUCCUCCCCAAUCUUCUCAUGCAGGGUUAUGGAGCACAGUCUGCUGAAGAGAAACAGAGGCUUUUCAAAUUGAUGAGGAACCUUAAUUUUAACGGGGAAUCUGGUUCUGAGCCAUACACUCCUACUGCCCAAACUUCAGGAGUGGUUGCAUCAGAGGGUUUUUAUUCUCCUGAAUUUAGGGGGGAUUUUGGAGCUGGGCUUUUGGAUCUUCAUGCUAUGGAUGAUACAGAACUCCUAUCUGAGCACGUUAUAUCAGAACCCUUCGAGCCAUCACCUUUCAUGCCUGGUGCUACGAGAGCAUUUGACAAUGACUUUAAUGUGAUGACCAGCAGGCAGCAGAAAGGGCAGACAGAGGCAGAUCCUUCAGUUGGAUUUCUGGCAAAUGAAAAAGAGAACACCAAGGAAAAUAAUGUGGCUAAGAUUAAAGUUGUGGUACGCAAAAGACCUUUAAACAAGAAGGAGCUAUCUCGGAAAGAGGAUGACAUUGUAACUGUAUCUGAUAAUGCCUAUCUCACUGUCCAUGAACCCAAGCUAAAGGUGGACUUGACUGCUUAUGUGGAGAAGCAUGAAUUUUGUUUUGAUGCCGUUCUGGAUGAGCAUGUUACUAAUGAUGAGGUAUAUCGGGUUACUGUAGAGCCUAUCAUUCCUAUUAUUUUUCAGCGAACAAAAGCAACUUGUUUUGCAUAUGGUCAGACAGGUAGUGGUAAGACGUUUACCAUGCAACCUUUACCUCUCAGAGCUGCUGAAGAUCUUGUUAGAUUGUUGCAUCAGCCAACUUAUCGGAAUCAGAGGUUUAAGUUGUGGCUAAGCUAUUUUGAGAUAUAUGGCGGAAAACUCUUUGAUCUUCUCAGCGAUAGAAAGAAACUUUGUAUGAGAGAAGAUGGAAGGCAGCAAGUUUGCAUUGUUGGACUGCAAGAAUUUGAAGUUUUGGAUGUACAGAUUGUGAAAGAGUAUAUUGAGAGGGGAAAUGCAGCAAGAAGUACAGGCUCUACUGGUGCCAAUGAGGAAUCUUCAAGGUCACAUGCUAUUCUACAACUUGUUGUUAAGAAGCACAAUGAAAUAAAAGAUUCCAAGCGUAAUAAUGACGGAAAUGAGGCAAAGGGUGGGAAGAUUGUGGGAAAGAUUUCUUUUAUCGAUCUUGCUGGUAGUGAAAGAGGUGCCGACACAACAGACAAUGAUCGACAAACUCGGAUUGAGGGAGCUGAAAUCAAUAAGAGCCUUUUGGCUCUGAAGGAGUGCAUUCGUGCUCUUGACAAUGAUCAGAUCCAUAUUCCAUUUCGUGGAAGCAAACUCACAGAGGUGCUUCGUGAUUCCUUUGUUGGCAACUCAAGAACUGUCAUGAUCUCUUGCAUUUCUCCAAAUGCAGGUUCAUGUGAACAUACACUCAAUACUUUAAGAUAUGCUGAUCGGGUUAAAAGUCUGUCCAAGAGUGGAAAUGCAAAAAAGGAUCAGGGUGUGAGUUCAUUGCCACCUGUUAAUAAGGAAUCUUCAUCAGCAGCAUCUUUGCCAGCUUCUGUUGAUGUGGAGGAUGUUUAUGAGCAACAACCAGAAGUAAAAUUAGCAGAUAUGGGUCGACGGACUGCAGAUAAAGAAAGUUCAUAUAACCAUGCUGCUGAUUUUGAUAGACAGCCCUCUAGCUUCUCUUCCAAUUACCCCUUCAAUGCACGGGAGGAAAGUGCGGUGGCUCCUGGUCUAAUAGACAGGGAGAGGGUUGAAAUGAAAAAUACUUUUGUUGGUUCUACAAGUCAGAAAAUGUACUCUUCAUCAUAUUCCCAAAACUCGGUUGAUACAGAAGAGAAAGUGCAAAAGGUGUCACCACCUCGUAGAAAAGUUCCACGAGAAGAAAAAUCAGAGAAGCUGGGAAACUGGCUGAAGAAAGAAGGUGGAAAUACAGAUAUGCCCUUCACAAGUUCAAAGCAGCAGAAUACCAGCAAUUCUAAUAUAAACAAUGUUGUAUCCAGGCAAUAUGAACCUGAACCUCCUAAUGAUGGGAACAUCAAUGCUAUACUUGAGGAAGAAGAGGCACUCAUUGCAGCUCAUAGAAAAGAAAUUGAAGAUACAAUGGAGAUUGUUCGUGAAGAAAUGAAACUGUUAGCAGAAGUAGACCAACCAGGCAGUCUUAUCGACAACUAUGUUACCCAGCUGAGCUUUGUGCUCUCACGCAAAGCAGCAGGUCUGGUUAGUCUUCAAGCUCGCCUUGCCAGGUUCCAGCAUCGACUAAAGGAGCAGGAGAUUCUUAGCCGGAAAAGGGUGCCCCGUUAAGCCGUGCCUUGCUUCUUAUUUCAACAACUGCAUGAUCCCUCCUUCAUUGGCAAAAGUAGGGAGUCGGGAUUAUGUCAUUUGGGGAAAAGAACUGAAGCACAGCGUAGCUCAAUUCAAUUGCAUCUCAGGGCUAAAAUUGGUGUUAAACAUCCAGACUUCUUGCUAGAUCAACUGCAGCAAGGAAUUUCAAGUUUGUUUUUGGUGAUGGUUAUGUGAUCAAAUGUGAUAUUUGCGAUGGGUCUGGUGGGUUCUUGCGGAGGGUUUUUAUGGGUUUGUGUAUUUGGAUGUUGUUUAGUGGUGACUGGAUAUUUGAUUUCACAGGAUAUUUCUCUUGGGAUACAGAAAGUGAAAUACAUGUUUCCAUAAAUUCUCAAUAACUCCCACACAUUUUCUCAGGAAUACAUGUUUUCAA